AUGCUCACUGUCAUCGCACACGCCGUGCUGAUGGCAAACGCCACGUACCACGGCAUGGGAUUACACAUUUGGCAGUUCACGCCUGAGCUCAACUCGGAAUACUACCUCUGGAUCGGGAUAUCGUCACAAUUCUACGUGCUUAGCUUGGCCGGCUUCAAGAGCGCUUUGAUCCUGCUUUACAUCCAGAUAUUCGGCGUGAACCGCAAGUUCAGGAUAGCCUGCUACAUCACGCUCUUCUACACCCUGGGCUAUCUCUUCUGCAACCUCCUGACCGAGUUCCUCGGCUGCUGGCCCAUCCAGAAGAAGUGGCAUUCCGAUCUGCCCGGCCACUGCAUCAAGACGGUUUACUCCAACAUCGCAUACGGCGCCGGACACAUGUCGAGCGAUCUGAUCAUCGGCAUCCUGCCCCUGACCAUGGUGUGGAGGCUGCAGUUCCCCACGACGAAGCAGAAGAUCGGACUGAGUCUCGCCCUCAGUAGCGGCCUCAUUGCCUGGGCAGUAGCAUGUGUCCGCUGGGCCAUCUCUACGUACAAUCAGCUGACCUACGACCGGCCAUGGUGGGCGGGCAUCAGCUUCACCUUCUCGAUCCUCGAAGUCAACACGGGCCUGAUCUGCGCCUGCGUGGCGACCUUCAGUCCGCUCCUCCAGCACUGGACAGCGCGGGUCAAGAGCAUCGCCAGUCGCGCGAGUCACAGCUGGCAUACCACCCGGACUGAGAAAGCGUCGUGGGCGCAUUCGAGCGCGUCGAAGACGAUUGGGCAGAGGUCGACGGUGCCGAGAGAUAUACGCUCGCGGGACAACGACAGUCUUGAGGACGACGGCGCCAGCCAGGCGCCGAUCAACACGCCGUCCUUCACGCCGUCCUCGAUGGCGAUGCCGACCUUCAGCCCAGUCACACCGCCGGACGAGAUACCGCUUUGCGAUCUGCAGGGAUUACAGGCUCUUGCUGCUCACGAUAGGGUAUGA